AUGUCGGCAGGUGGCCCAUCUCAGAGCAUGCCCCCGUUCAAUCUGUCGCAGUACCCAUCCGACGAUUCUCACCGUGCUCCAGGAACUCGACCCUUCCAGUUCUCACGCAACAUGUCUUCAGACGACCGUCACGCUACAGUCAACCUUCCGCAGAGCACCGCAGGUCCAUUUGGCCAGUCGAAUCACGAUGCCAUGAGCAACAGCAUCUCGAGCCUGCACAGCAAUGACACCGGUCCAAAUUAUGGCGCCAACGCAUCUAUCGGCAGGCAAGGACAAGGCUACGACCAGGCAAGUCGGUUGCGUCAGAAUUUCAACAUUGGACGCAGCUCUUCGCCUCUAUCAAGACCCCCUCUCUUCAGCCCCAACUUGCUUCAUGAGGUAGAAAGGUCCUCGCAGCAUCAUCAAGUGAAAUCGCCAUCAGGUUCUCAUUCUGCAUCCUCGCCGCCUCCACGGAGCAACGUCGCCUCUCCGCGCUACUUUAACGAUCCUCAUCAUGCAUCCCACACAUACCAGCAACUUCAACAGCAGCAACACUCGCAUCAGCACCAUCUUUCGCACCAGCAACAGCAUCAAAACUCCGACAAUCAUCAACAAUCUCAUCAGCAGCAGCAUCAACAGCAUCAACAGCAUCAACAGCAGCAACAGCAUCAACAGCAUCUCAACCAACAACACUCUUCCAACGCCGGACCAUACCCACCUUCGCACCUGCCAUCGCAUCAACAUGGCCACCCUCAGCAGCCUUGGCCGGCUCGCAACGGUGGCAUGGGCCCGCUCGACUUUCCUCCGUCGCUCAACCCUGCCGACCGCCCGCAUUCGUCCAUGUCGGAACGCUCUUCUCGCAUCCAUGACAACCUCGUCUCGCGUGGCACUCCCGGCAUUGGCAACUCGCAAAGCCCAGUGCACAGCUUGAACAAGGAGUCCGAGUUCAGCAUCUUCGUCGGUGACUUGAGUCCUGACCUGCGUGAGGAAGACCUCGUCCAGCAGUUUCUUCACCCGCCAGCAUGGUCACACAACCACCCCUUCGCCUCGGCACUCAUUCACGCUCAGCAGGCACAAGGCAUCUACCAGCCAGGUGCACACAUCGGUCCAGCACCUUUCCACUCGACCAAGUCGGCCAAGAUCAUGACUGACCCUGUCGCUGGUGUUUCGAAGGGCUAUGGCUUUGUACGAUUCGCACUGGAAGCUGACUGCAACCGAGCGUUAGUGGAGAUGCAAGGCGUUGUUGUCUCGCCAGCGAAUGGGCUCUCACCAGGUCGACCUCUGCGUGUCAGCACAGCUACACCAAAGAACAGAGGCAUGGUUCCUCCACCGCCCAACAUGCCAGGCGAUCCCAACCAGCAGCACUUGCAGAUGCCUCGUCCUCACAACCCUGCUCAGAACAGCAGCGCUUCGUUCCUAUAUGGAGGUGCUGCUACUGGUGUAGCUGGACCUGGUGGUGCACCGUCUGAAGUGGUUUCGCCGCACCCUUUGUCACAUGUGCGACAGCAGUCAAGCCCAAGCAACUCUUCCUCGCUGAUCUCGCCUAUCCCACCCGCAUCGCCGUACGAAGGUCCUGGCAGCAGUGGCGUUAAUAUACCAAACUCUUUCGGUCCACUGUACGGUGGGUUCCCCGGUCACGUUGUUGGCGUUGGAGGAGAUGGAACACGUAAUUCUUCUCCGGCAGCAAUGAUGCGUUCGCAAACACCAUCAUCAGCACCUCCGCCACCUCUUCAACAGCAAGGUGGCGGCGGUGGCGGUGGCGGUGGCGGAAAUUCAAACGACAGCGCCGCAGACCCGAACAACACCACCGUCUUUGUCGGCGGUCUAUCCUCUCUCAUUUCCGAACAAACCCUGCGCAGGUACUUUGAACACUUUGGCGAAAUCACCUACGUCAAGAUCCCUCCCGGAAAAGGCUGCGGGUUUGUGCAAUACGUUCGUAAACAAGAUGCCGAAAAUGCCAUUCACCGCAUGAAUGGGUUCCCCAUCCUCAACUCCAAGAUCCGCCUCAGCUGGGGUAGAAGUCAAGGGGAUAAAGCGGCGGCAGCAGCAGCACAGACUAUGGCUCAAUACGCUCAGUUGGGUCAACUCGCCGGGUUAGCAGGGUUGAGCACUUUGAGUCCAAGUCAGCUAGCGCAAUUGGCUGGGUUGGGGAGCGCGUUGAGUGCGGCUCAGGCUCAAGUUCAGGCGCAGACACAGAGAGGUCCUGCUGCUGGGUUUGGAGGUGGGGCUAACGACCCACUUUCGACUUUGGCAAGACAACUUGCUGCUGUGAAUCUCGGUGGUGCUCCUUCGCCAUCCUCGGCUACAUUCAACUCGGGUGGGAUGGGCCAACAGCGUCCUCCACUACCAUCGUUCCUCCAACAACACCAACAACCUCUUUCACCUCAGCAUCAGCAAUUUCUGGGCGGAUUACCAGGUCUGUCCCCCAACGGCUACAACUCUAACGCACCAUUCGACUUUCCCCCUCCCCACACUUGCUCCCGUAUGCACCCCGAAAACGGCGGAGGGGGAAUAUCAGAAUCAGACCUGAUCAACGCAUUCUCUAACCUGGAAUUCGAUGAAACCACUCGCACCGCUCUCGCUCAACGUUUGCAAGCCCUCCAAUCGCAACCCCAAUCGGGAAGAGGGAGAGUGGAUCCAUUCGCACAUAACAGAGAUCCAAACGGGUUUAUGUUCUCCCCUUUCUCACCCUCCGACUCGCCCUUAGUGGGGGCCAAGGCUGACCUCCCGCAAUCUCAGUCUAGUGCUAGCUCGCUACACCUCUCUCACACUAGAGCUGAUGAGGAUGGAGGCGCCGAGUGA